AUGAAGAUCGUCUUCGUCUCCACCGAGGUGGCCCCCUGGUCCAAGACCGGAGGCCUCGGCGACGUCGUCGGCUCCCUUCCCGUCGAGCUCGCCAAGCGCGGCCACAAGGUCAUGACCAUCGCGCCCCGCUACGACCAGUACAAGGGCGCCUGGGAUACCUCCGUCCGCGUCGACGCGCUCGGCCACAACGUCGGCUACUUCCACGAGCACAAGAAGGGCGUCGACCGCGUCUUCGUCGACCACCCCCUCUUCCUCGCCAAGGUUUGGGGCAAGACUGGCUCCAAGCUCUACGGCAAGACCAACGGCGCCGACUACGCCGACAACCAGGAGCGCUUCGCCAUGUUCUGCCAGGCUGCGCUCCAGGCGCCCAUGGUGCUUCCCUUCGGCUACGGCGAGGACGUGUGCUUCGUCGCCAACGACUGGCACUCCGGCCUCGUGCCCGUCAUGAUCAAGAAGGUCUUCCAGCCCCAGGGCAAGUACCUCAACGCCAGGUGCGCCUUCACCGUGCACAACAUCGCCUUCCAGGGCCGCUUCUGGCCCGCCAAGAUGGGCGACUACGGCCUCCCCGAGUCCGCCUCCAACGACUUCUUCUUUGAGGAUGCGCAGGGCAAGAUGUACGACGAGCGCAACCCCAAGAAGGAUGGCCAGAAGUUCCGCAAGGACAACUGGAUGAAGGCUGCCUUCAUCAACUCCGAUCGCAACAUCACCGUGUCCAUGAACUACGCCAAGGAGAUCUCGGGCUCCGCGUCCAAGGGUGUCGAGCUCAACACCAUCAUCAACGCCACCGGCGGCAUCGAGGGCAUCGUCAACGGCAUGGACCCCACCGAGUGGAACCCCGCCACCGACAAGUUCCUCGACAUCACCUACGACAAGAACACCGUCGUCAUGGGCAAGGCUGCCGCCAAGCAGGCGCUCCAGGCUGAGGUUGGCCUCCCCCUCGACCCCUCCGCCCCCGUCUUCGGCUACAUCGGCCGUCUUGAGGAGCAGAAGGGCUGCGACAUCAUGAUGGAGGCUGUCCCCAAGCUCCUCAAGCAGUGCCCCAACGCCCAGGUCGUGAUCCUCGGUACCGGCAAGAAGUCCAUGGAGAAGACCCUCGAGAAGCUCGACAAGAUGUCCCCCCGCAUGGCUGGCGUCGUCCGCUUCUCCAACCCCAUUGCGCACUUCAUCACCGCGGGUGCCGACUUCCUCAUGGUCCCCUCCCGCUUCGAGCCCUGCGGCCUCAUCCAGCUCCACGCCAUGCAGUACGGCACCGUCCCCAUCGUCGCCUCCACCGGUGGCCUCGUCGACACCGUCAAGGAGGGCGUGACCGGCUUCCACAUGGGCGCCAUGGACCCCGACGGUCUCAAGCCCGACGACGUCGAGGCCAUGGUUGACACCUGCGCCGCCGCCGCCGCCACCUACGGCACCCCCACGUACAACAAGAUGUCCUCCACGUGCAUCGGUCAGGACCUGUCCUGGAGGAAGCCCGCGGCGAAGUGGGAGGCUGUGCUCGAGGAGAUGAUGUACAACUCUGGCUACGGCAAGAAGCAGAUGGUUGUCACUCCCAAGGAGGAUCUCGAGGGUGCCAAGACCACCGCGGCGCGCUAAUGGGUCGCCGCCGAUUUGAUGUUCACACCCGCGAACAUCUCUGAGAUUGUUCGCUGAGAGUGUCGACUGCGAUCAGCGAACGAACCAAAUUGCACGCCGCGGGCGCGGGGGCGGGAUCGGGAACGAGUUUUUUUCCCCGCGCCGAUCAUUCUUUAGACACCACAUCUCGAUGUUUUGCACGCCUUAUAGAGGGAGCCGACGAGUUCGGUCCAGAUUUCUCACGGCGGACACCUGCCUUGUUUUUUUGUAUACCUGCACGCGUCUGCUUUGAGAGCACGCAACAGUAGCACUGCGCACUCCUAGAAAGCUUUUCAUAAAGUAAGAUAAGCCAAAAAAUAACGC